CACUUCACGGUUUUAUUUCUCAUUUGUGUUUUUUCACAUGAAAUAGUUUGAAUUCAAUUGAUUCAAAUAAUUUUGAGAAGAUGAAGAAAACUUAAGAAAACUAAUAGUUUUCUUGUUUGUAUUGCUGCUUAUUAUAUCUUAUCAAGCGGAUGGAAGAAGAAAGUCUUAAAAUAACAAUCUAAUGCAGAAUCUUUAGUAGUCUUUCCAAUGCACUGAUAGAAAAAAUUCACAAAAAUGUUUCUCAACAAAUUAUAUUACUUAUUUUUCAUAAUAAAUUUUGUAAAUUUAUUACCUCGUACUCUGGGAGUAUCAAAGUUUAUUCCUGUUGUCAUUACAACAUGGGAUUAUGAAGAAGCUACAAAAAUUGCAUGGAAAACAUUGUACCAGGAUAAAUGUACUGCUGUGGAUGCAAUUGAAAAUGGAUGCAGUUACUGCGAAGAAGCACAGUGUCGAGGAACUGUUGGUUUUGGUGGAAGCCCAGAUGAGAACGGAGAAACAACCUUGGAUGCGAUGCUAAUGGAUGGCUCAACGAUGGAUGUUGGAGGAGUGGGAAGUCUUAGAAAUAUCAAACAUGCAGUAUCGGUGGCUAGACAUGUUUUAGAAAAUACAGCUCACUCUUUAAUCGUUGGAGAUCUUGCAACUGAUUUUGCUGAAAAAAUGGGUUUCAAACGAGAAUCUUUGCAGACAGAUAGUUCUCAGCUAAUGUGGAAACAGUGGGAAAACAACAAAUGUCAGCCAAACUUUUGGAAGAAUGUCGUACCCAAUCCAACCGCGACUUGUGGUCCCUACCAUCCAAAGCCACCUAAAUCUACGCUUUCUUCGCGCAACUCGCUUUCCAACGAAGACAAUCACGAUACGAUCGGAAUGAUAGCGAUCGACUCCAAGGGUCACAUAGCCGCGGGAACGUCGACUAACGGCGCGAGAAACAAGAUACCUGGUCGCGUCGGUGACUCUCCGAUCGCCGGAGCCGGAGCUUACGCCGACGACGAGGUGGGCGCUGCCGCUGCCACCGGCGACGGCGACGUCAUGAUGCGAUUUCUGCCGAGUUUCUUAGCGGUCGAGUUGAUGAGGCAGGGACAGUCGCCGGAAAGUGCCACUCAAGCAGCAAUCGACAGGAUCACGAAGCAUUAUCCGAACUUUUCCGGAGCCGUCAUAGCUGUGAACAAGCACGGCGAGUUUGCCGCUGCCUGUCACGGUUUCGAUGGAUUUCCGUUUUACGUCGGUAAUCUGCAAUUGGGAAAGCCUACCCAAUUCACCAAAAUUUGUAAACCCAAGCCUUGAUCAUAGAAUUAUACAUGCAAUCGAUCUAACAAUCUUUUGUAUUUUCUUUAUGUAACCCACGCUAAAUCUUGCAAAAUUUAUCUCGAAAAUUCCGCUUCGUCCCAGAAAAAUAUGCAGG